UCCAUCCCCGUCUCCAUCCAUCCAUCCCCGCCGCCGAGGCACCCUCGGAGGGGACGCCAGCCUUGCGCAAGAGGAAAAAAACUUCCAGGAACCAUGACCAAAGAAGACUCGACGGAACUCCCUCCUGAGGAGGAACACCACCCCCUGGAAUUCCAGAGUCCUGUCUUGGAGCGGAGGAAGAAAGCAAUGGUCCACCCUUCUGCCCCAGCCCCACUCCCCAAAGAUUAUGCUUUCACUUUCUUCGACCCAAACGACCCGGCAUGUCAAGAAAUCCUCUACGACCCCAUCACCACCGUCCCGGAGUUGUUUGCCAUCAUCCGCCAGUGGGUUCCCCAAGUGCAACACAAGAUCGAUAUCAUUGGCAGUGAGAUCUUGAAGCGAGGCUGCCACGUCAACGACCGCGAUGGGCUGACAGACAUGACACUGCUCCAUUACGCCUGCAAGGCUGGUGCCCAUGGUGUCGGUGACCCAGCCGCUGCUGUGCGCCUCUCCAACCAGCUCUUGGCUUUGGGUGCGGAUGUGACCCUGCGCAGCCGCUGGACCAACAUGAACGCCCUGCACUACGCGGCUUACUUUGAUGUCCCGGAACUCAUCCGCAUCCUGCUGAAGGCCUCCAAGCCAAAAGUUCUGAACUCGACGUGUAGUGACUUCAACCACGGAACCGCCCUCCACAUUGCUGCUUCCAACCUGUGCCUUGGGGCCGUGAAAUGUCUCCUGGAACAUGGUGCCAACCCGGCCGUCAGGAACAGCAAAGGCCAGGCGCCAUCCGACGUCGUCCCAGACCCCAUGGACAUGACCCUGGACAAAGCCGAGGCGGCCAUGGUAGCGAAGGAGCUGAAGCAGCUGCUGCUGGAUGCCGUGCCCCUGAGCUGCAACCUCCCCAAAGUCACCCUGCCCAACUAUGACAACAUCCCGGGCAACCUCAUGCUCAUCUCCCUCGGCCUCAAGCUCGGCGACCGGGUCAUGGUGGACGGGUUGAAGUUGGGCACCUUGCGUUUUUGCGGCACGACGGAAUUCGCCAGCGGCCAGUGGGUGGGCGUGGAGCUGGACGAGCCCGACGGCAAGAACGAUGGCAGCGUGGGAGGAAUCCGUUACUUUAUCUGCCCUCCGAAACACGGAGUGUUUGCUUCUGUGUCCAAGAUCACCAAAGCCACCGAUCAGAUGCCUUCGUCAGUGACCUCCACCCCACGGACGCCCCGCAUGGACUUUUCCCGCAUGACAGCAAAGGGCCGGAAGGAAAAAGACAAGGACAAGAAAGCUCUCAGGAAGAAGUCCUUAUCUGUUGGCAGCCUGGACCGUGAAGGACUGAAGAUUGAGAUUGGCGACCAGGUCCUUGUGGCAGGUCAGAAGCAAGGCAUCAUUCGUUUCUAUGGGAAGACAGAUUUUGCCCCAGGCUACUGGUUUGGCAUUGAACUUGACAAGCCCACAGGAAAACACGAUGGCUCUGUCUUUGGAGUUCGCUAUUUCACCUGCGCCCCUAAGCAUGGAGUCUUUGCCCCCCCUUCCAGAGUGCAGAGAAUCGGAGGCCCCAAAGAUUCCCAGGGAGAUGGCACUUCGGCAAAGAAAGUCCACCAAGUCACUAUCUCACAGCCAAAGCGCAACUUCACAGCAGUCAGAACCCCAAAAGAUAUCACAUCGGAAAACUCCAUCUCUAGGUUACUUUUCUGCUGUUGGUUUCCGUGGAUGCUGCGUGCAGAAAUGCAGUCGUAAACCUACCUGCGGCUCCCUCUUCCCUUUUCCUCUGCUGUUUCUUCGCUCUCCAAGUAAUCAAAGACUGCUCUUCGGUUAUUUUUUGCCCUCAUCUCUCCUCCCCUGAUUGCCGUUCUAGUGAACCCCAGUGCCUUGUUAAAACAUAUUAACACCACCCCUCUAGUAGUUUGUGAGAAAUGCUAUACUUAUACCUUCCGUCCCCCGUUUCCUGGCACUCGUACCCAUGGGAUUUCGGCUAAAGCAGGUCUCUUCUGGCACCUCUUCGUUUUCCAGCAUAUUAAUUGGCACCUAAAAGCUCACGCAGUUAGUCGGCUCAGACGUCUUUAAAUGGAGGACAGAGCCCUAGUAGCUACGGUUUGGAGAUAAAUCUCUGGCUUCCUCCCCUCCUGCCCACUCGCCUGGUGCGUGUCGCAAAAGAUCCCAAACUCGCGGAAUUUCUCAUUAUGCCUGCUGCAAAAUCACACGUGGAGAGCAGAUUGCCUUGGUAGAAGCUGAGCUCUGUUGCUUGAGACAAGAUUAACAUUGUCUGCCCUCCGCCAUGCUCCCGGUUCUGCCCUCUCCUCAUUCUAGCUUUCGCCUAAAAAGAGUGUGCCCUGGGCAACCUGGUCCUUUUUGGUGCAGGCCUGUUCGGGUGGCUGCUCAGAAAUAAUUGAGUGGAACUAUUUGCAGGUAAGUGUGCUCAGCAGGAGUGGCUAACUAACCCAUGGCCUGCAGGCAAUAUCCGCGUCCACCUCCCCCAGCAAUUUCUGGUGGCCCCCACAAAGCAAAUGGCUUCUUUCCCUCUGCUCCCCAGACAGGUGGGAAGUGCUGAUAAGUCCUGACAUCGCACAAAAGGCAAAAACCUGCCUUUGAACCCCAGUUGCUGGCAAUUGCAGGUGAGGAAGAGAGUUGCUGUGUUCAUGGCCUGUUUAUGGGCUUCACGUCAAGAAAUCUGGUUGGCUACUGGGGUACCCAGGAUACUGGAGCCCCUUUUGUCUUGAACCAGCAGGGCCUCUGAUGCCCUUAUGAGAGCAGGGAGGUUUCCAGCCUCCCUGCCUCUCUCGCAAGCAGGGAGAGGGGAUAUCAGCCCUUUACACUUUUACCCAAAGGGCCCCUUCUCUCUUGGGGACAGUGUCUUCAUCAAGUGGUAUCGAAGAGGCUCAGGAAACAGGAGAAAGCCCUCCAAGACCUCAGCAGUGCAGGAUGGCAGCUUGAAACAGCAAUUAAGCCUUCUCCAAGUUGAGUCCUUCCAGAUGCUUUGGACUACAACUCCCAUCAGCUCCCCCCCCCCCGCACUGGCCGUAGGACUGCUGUGGCCGAUGGGAGCACAGCUGAACCAGCUGGGGCUGGUGGGAGUCGUAGUCCAAAAUGUCUGGUAAGCGAAGGCUGGCUCUGGUAAGGCAUUCUCGCCGACCCCCUGCACACAGACAGGAGCAGGAGAUAAAGUCCGCAGCGUCCAGUGUCCCAACUUGUAGCAUCUGAGCACACUGAUUCGUCAGACAAAUUAGUUAUUUUUGCAAUUGAACAAUAGUAACCUGCGGGGUGCAGAUGCAAGAAUACGUCUCAUCUAAAACGUGGUGUAUGUUAGCAGCUGUGCUUAGCAUUUGUGUGAGUUAGCCUACAGGGAGGAGGAAACCACCCAGUAACAGCCUGUGAUGGUUUGUAGUAUGUGUAUCUCUGUGUGUAUAUUGAGCAUAUAUUUCCAGAAGUCACUUUUUCCUAUU